AAGACCAACGCAAAAGGAAACUCCCAUGCUUUCUUCUUCUUCCUUAUUUAAACUAACUUAACACUCCCUCUCUUCCACGCUAAAUUCCGCCCCAACCAUCAUCCAUGGCUUUUGAUCCCUCUAUCGCCCAAUCUAACCUCCCCAACGCCAAGGCCAUUCUCACCGCCGCCGCCUCCUUCGCCGCCACCGUCCUCCUCCUUCGCUCCAUUGCCAACGACUUACUCCCCUCCGAAUUCCGUGAAUAUUUCUACGAUGGCAUUCGAACCAUCUUCUCCCGAUUCUCCUCCCAACUCACCAUGGUCGUCGACGAGAUGGAUGGUCUCGGCCCCAACCAAAUCUACGAAGCUGCUGAGAUUUAUUUAGCCACCAAAAUCUCCCCUUCCACUGCCAGACUCAAAGUCAGCAAACCCGAGAAGGAAGAUAACAUCACCACCGCCGUUGAAAGAAACGAGGAAGUUGUUGACACCUUCAAUGGCGUCAAAUUCCACUGGGUCCUCGUCUGUGAACAAGUCCAGCGGGAAAAUUUCCACAAUCCCCGGUCUCCUUAUAGAUCCGUCAUUCGAUCCUUCGAGCUCUGUUUUCACAAGAAACACAGAGAAAUGGUUCUCAAAUCAUACUUACCCCACAUUCUCCACCAAGCUAAAGAACUAAAGCAGCAGACUAAAACCUUGAAGAUCUACACCUUUGACUAUCAGAACAUGUAUGGUAGCAUCUCCGAUUUAUGGAUUCCGACCAAUCUCGAUCACCCUUCCACGUUCGAGAAGCUGGCCAUGGACUCUGAGAUUAAGCAUUUCAUUUUGAAUGAUCUCGAACGGUUUGUGAAGAGGAAGAAGUACUACGAGAAGGUGGGUAAGGCUUGGAAGAGAGGGUAUUUGUUGUACGGUCCUCCAGGAACUGGGAAAUCGAGCUUGAUUGCAGCAAUGGCGAAUUACUUGAAAUUCGACGUGUAUGAUUUGGAAUUAACAGGGGUAGAAUGCAAUUCGGAUCUUCGGAAGUUGUUGAUGGGAAUUGCGAACCGUUCGAUUCUAGUGGUGGAGGAUAUUGAUUGUUCGGUUGAGUUUCAAGACAGAGAUUCGGAAAAGGAUGAAGAAGAAGACCCAUCGACUUCGAGGAGGAGAAGACUGGUGACGUUAUCGGGUUUGUUGAAUUUUAUUGACGGACUAUGGUCUAGCUGCGGCGACGAGAGGAUAAUUAUAUUCACGACGAAUCAUAAAGAGAAGCUGGAUCCGGCUUUACUCCGGCCGGGAAGAAUGGAUGUUCAUAUUCACAUGUCGUACUGUACCCCAUGUGGAUUUAGAGUUCUUGCGUCCAACUACCAUGGGAUUGAGAACCAUAGGUUGUUCGGUGAAAUUGAGGGAUUGAUUCCCGGUGCGAAAGUGACUCCAGCAGAGGUGGCGGAGCAGCUGCUGAAAGGCGAGGAGAGUGACAAUUCAUUGAUGGAUUUGAUUGAAUUUCUGAAGGUGAAAACAAGGGAAAAUGAAGAAGGUGGAGAGAAGGAGAAGGAAGGGAAGAAAGAAGGGAAAGAAAAUGGAAGGGAAAAUGAAGAAGGUGGAGAAAAGGAGGAGAAGGAAGGGAAGGAAAAUGGUAGAGUAGCUUCAACAGAGAAAUAAUGUUUUCCGGUGGCCGUGAUGACGAUGAUGACGAAGAACAUAUUUACUAAUUUACCCCUCACUAUGUUGAAAUUAAUCAAUUAAUUGUAUUUUUUCUUUUUUUUGUUUGUAAAGGAUGAGAAAAUACGUUAGAUAAAACUAAAAAUAAAAGGUAUAUUGAAAUUGACAGUGUGUACUGUGUUAAAGUUGAUUAAUUUAGAAAGUUGGACGGAAAUUAGUAAAGAAAUAUUGAAUAGCCAGGAAAGAAAGGAUCCAAAUUAGGAGUUGAGUUGAAGUGAAAAGAAAAUGUCACAUUUUGCAAUAGUCAAAUAAAUACUAAUUGGAGAAA